AGACUAUAAGCGGCACCCGGUCUAAAGUUGUCACCACAUCUAUCAAAUAUCACCCCGCGCGUACUGCAAUUGAAAUUAAUAAACGUACUCAUCCAUUCUUGAUUUAUUUGCACAUAAGUUCUCAGCGCCCCUAAAAACUCCACGGCACCAUUUUGCCUUUUGAUUGACCGCUACAUUUUUUUUUUCUGUGCUGAAUUUUCCUCCUGCUGUAAGAAGAAGAAGGGGGAAAAACAACAGUGAAAGGACGCGGAGAGGAAGAAGACACAGCGGAAAAAUAAAGGAGGUGGAGGAAAAGUGAAUUAACAGGAGAUUGACUGGAAAGCUGGAGGGACAGGUUGGACAAAAAGACCUAAAAGAAAUUGCGCAAGUGGAGAACGAGACUUGCCAUAUUUUUUGUUUAUCGUCUGCUGAAUAGAAGGAGGUGAAGCACCAUGACGACGGAAAUGCAGGAGAUCGCCAUCACGGAGGAGAAGCCCCUGCUCACGGGUCAGGCUGAUUCCACCAAGGAUGCUGAACUGGCUGCUAGGAUACUCCUGGACCAAGGACAGGAGCACAGCGUGGAGACCCCCCACGGCGUCCUGCACGUGACCCUCCACGGGACACGGACCACCCGCAGGCCCGCCAUCCUCACCUUCCACGACGUGGGUCUGGACAGUAAGAGCUGCUUCUCCAGCCUCUUUAAGUUCGAGGAGAUGCAGGAGAUCGUCAAGAACUUCACCCUGAUUCACGUUGACGCUCCGGGACAGGAGGAGGGGGCUGCUGCCUACCCCACAGGUUACCAGUAUCCCUCCAUGGAGACCAUCGCAGAGAUGAUCCCCGCCGUCCUGCAGUUUUUCAACUUCCGCACCGUAAUCGGAGUGGGCGUGGGAGCGGGAGCGUACAUCCUCUCCAAGUUCACGCUCGCUAACCCUGAUUCAGUGGAAGGUCUGGUUUUGAUCAACAUCGACACUAAUGCUCGGGGAUGGAUAGACUGGGCCGCUCAGAAGCUCAGCUCGGUGACAUCCUCCCUCACAGAGCAGAUCCUGACCCAUCUUUUCAGCCAGGAGGAGCUGUCGGCAAACACAGACCUGGUGCAGUCUCACAGAGAGCGGAUCUCUAAAGCCCCUAACGUGGUCAACAUAGAGCUCCUCUGGAAGACGUACAACAGUCGUAGAGACUUGAACCUUGACCGCAAUUACACCUUCAAGUGUCCAGUAAUGUUAGUGGUGGGUGAUCAAGCUCCGUAUGAGGACGCUGCCGUGGAGUGCAACAGCAAACUAGACCCAACAACAACCUCAUUCUUAAAGAUGGCUGAUGCUGGUGGUCUCCCUCAGCUGACUCAGCCUGCUAAACUGACCGAGGCUUUCAAGUAUUUCAUCCAGGGCAUGGGCUACAUGGCUUCGUCUUGCAUGACCCGCCUCUCCCGCUCCCGCACCACCUCCCUCUCCUCCUCCUACUCCAUGGACGGGACCCGCUCUCGCUCCCGCACCCUGUCCCAGGGCUCGCAGGGUGGACAGAUGCCGCCCAGCCCCUCCCAAACUAUGGAGGUGUCCUGUUGAAGAAAACAAAACGAUGCAGAGCGAGAGAGAGAGAGAAAGAGAGAGAGAGAGAGAGGGAAAGAGAGGAGGUGCGCAAGCAAAGGAAAGGGAAAGAUGAGGCAUAACGAUAAUGCAGGAACAAGACGAAUGGGUUACUUAUUUGUCAGUAAACAACUCCCAUCAUUCCCCACAAGAGCAGAUUAGGAAUCGAGACAGAGAGAGGGAGGGGAGGGGGCAGGGAAAUGAUUUCAACGGAGGAUAGCGACGUAUCCUCCGUGUUUUGCACCACAUUCGAGUCCAGUCCUUCUCCUCACACCCGCCUUCCAGCUGAAAGUAGAUUGGGCUGUUCUAAAAUGAAGACAAAAAGGCAACCUGUCCUUUCUCCCUCCCUCUAUUGGAGACUCUGUCCGCCAGUAGAGCCCUUUAAUUUAGAGCGCGGCCCUUAGGAGCCACGCACCUCGCGUUAACCAUUAGUAAGAAUUCUGAAAACAGUAUUGUUGUGGAUGAUUAUUAUGUUGUUGAUGAUGACAUUGAAGCUAACGACGAAUAGACGAAAAAAAGCACUAACACUUUUGUCUUUGUUACACACGAAUUUAAAAAUAGAUUAAAAUAAUGAAAAAAAAAAGAACAUACUAUAGCAGAGAUACUUACAGCGAUGUGUGUCUUUUAAAGCUAGUUUUCAUUGUGUUAUUUUCGUUAACCUGCCUGGUUGAGGGGCUGAAGCUGCCGAUUGGCUGACCCGAAACAGCCAGUGAGAGCCAUGAUACUUCCUCCUUGAUGUUGCCAGGUUGUUUAUGUCUUCCAUUUGCCCCGUCUAUAAGUGACUGUUUUUUUGUUUUGUUUUGUCAUUGGAUUUGAGGAGAUGGUUUGGAAGCUUUUUAUUUUUUAUUUUUUCUUUUUUUUUUUUUUUGGAACUGUUUGGAAGUUGCAUGCGUGGCAUCAGUCCAUGUUAAUAUUGACUGGAUAAUAUUUUUCUUUUAUAUUGUGAAAAUGAGUUGCGUGGAUUUGUGUGUGUGUGUGUGCGUGUGUGUGUGUGAUGGUCUGAAGGUAAGCAUAGGUGAGACUGAGGGUGUUUAUGCGCUUCAGCUAGCUAGCACCCUUUUGUUAAUGCUAGUCGCGCAUUAAAUAGUGCUUCCAAUAUUGCUGGCAGGCUCGCACUGCGUGUCUUAAUAUCUACGCUUGUGUCCUACUCACCGGUAGCAUGCCGGCGUGGAUGUUGCAUGCCAGUGUUGGGCGCGGCCAGAAGGGAUCACUGUGUUUAUCAUCUGGGUUGUAAUCUCUUAGCCUUGCCCGUGCAUGGAUACCUCCUAACAAACCCAGCUAGCAUACUUGAGUUUAUGUGCGCUGUGAGGCAAGACGAACCCCUCUCCACCGACAAGAGGCUUUAUCCGAGCGACAUGGGACGUCAAGAGAGUCGUGUCUGCAUGAUAUGUGUGUGUGAGGAAGUCAGUCAGGUGUAUGGAAGUGUACUGGGAGCACACAGAAAGGCCGGGGUCCUUUUAAUAAUCAGUCCUGAGAUCAACAAAACCCCCUGUGACUUAUCGACGACAAUGAACCAGCCCCUACACUGCCACCACACGUGAAAAAAGGGAGUUUGCCUUUUUUUGUGUCGGUUAACUUGGAAGCCACCAUUUGCAGCCAAUAAGCUUAAACAUACUGCCAAAACUAAGACCCCCGAUUAAACAUGGGGGGCCCAAAUUCAUAGCAUCUCAAUCGAAACUGAUUCGAACUCAAAGCUUACCACUGCCCCGUGAUGUGUAGCCUUCGACGUUUUUUUAAAGGACCCACAUUUUAACCCAGUCCAAUAUCAGGAGCAAGGCCUCUGAGCAUUUGGGAUCUUUUUUAUAUUAAAUAAGCAUAAGGUACACCUGUUUCUUUCACAUGCUAUCUAGUGCUGCUUUCCCAAACCUGUUUGUAGGUGUGGAGAUGAUUUUGAUGAGAGUGAUGGGAAAGUUAUUGGAGGGUUUCAGAACUGAGCGUGGAGACAACACCCAUGGCAAUCGGUUUCAUCAGAGCACAAUGCACAAACCGCUUUUUGAACUGUUGCACUUCAUGCAGCAAACGCUUAAAUCCUAAUGAUAACAAAAUGCUUUGUGAUGCAAACUGUCAGGAUGCCACUUGGUUUGCUGUCCAGACGUCUGAUGAGUGGAAUGUAAAUGUUUGGCUCACCCUAGGCUGAAUUUAAAUGACCGGGCAUGGGAGCGUCUACUAAAAAAAAACAGGUGAACCCUAACGAAAUAAAAGAAGGAAUUACCAAAUAAGGAAAAUGUAACGGUACUUCUUUCCAGAGAGCUGAGCAGGGAUGUGUGAUUGUAAAUGCUUGUCCAUUCGUUAGUCUCUUAAUUUUUACUUUGAUCAUAUUUUUCUUCCCCCUUCGAUGAUCUUUUCUUUCGUUUUUAUUUUUCGUUUUAUCAAUGUGAAGUGUUAGUUUACCGUCCCGAUGUGCUCACGAGUUAGUUAACCGUGUGAUAGUUCUUGUGUAACUUUUUUAGCAUUAGCGCUUAUAAGGGAGAAUAAUAUAAAUAACAAUAAAAAAAGAGUUAAAGAGAAUACAAUCAAAUUUACUUGUGUGGCUAAUUUCUCUGUGUAACACAAUGAACAUCCUAAAAAUAAGCAAACUUCGAUAUUAAUAAAAGCUUAAGAGUAA